GCUCCAUAAAAAUACAGACUCACCAGUUCCUGCUUUGAUGUGACAUGUGACUCCCCAGAAUACACCUUGCUUCUGUAGACCAGCUCCAACAGGAUUCCAUGGUAGCUGGGAUGUUAGGGCUCAGCUUGCUAUGGUGGCACACACAUAUAGUUGCAGUACUUGGGAAGCAGAGGCAGUAGGAUCAUUGCAAGUUUGAGACCAACCUGCUCUACAUAGGAGGAAAAAUCUGAAGACCAGGAUCUUCAGGCCCUCAAAGACAAGCCUCUGAAAUUUAAGAAGGUGAAGAAAGACAAGAAAGAAGACAAAGAGGGCAAACAUGAGCCACUACAGCCUUCAGCCCACCAUUCUGCAGAGCCAGCAGAGGCAGGCAAAGCAGAGACAUCAGAAAGCUCAAGCUCUGCCCCAGCAGUGCCAGAAGCCUCUGCUUCCCCCAAACAGCGACGUUCCAUCAUCCGUGACCGGGGACCUAUGUAUGAUGACCCCACCUUGCCUGAAGGUUGGACACGAAAGCUUAAGCAAAGGAAAUCUGGCCGCUCUGCUGGAAAAUACGAUGUAUAUUUGAUCAACCCCCAGGGAAAAGCCUUCCGCUCUAAAGUGGAAUUGAUCGCAUACUUUGAAAAGGUAGGCGAUACUUCCUUGGACCCUAAUGAUUUUGACUUUACGGUAACUGGGAGAGGAAGCCCCUCCAGGAGAGAGCAGAAACCACCUAAGAAGCCCAAAUCUCCCAAAGCUCCAGGAACUGGCAGGGGUCGAGGACGCCCCAAAGGGAGCGGCACUGGGAGACCAAAGGCAGGAGCAUCAGAAAGUGUUCAGAUGAAAAGGGUCCUGGAGAAGAGCCCUGGGAAACUUCUUGUCAAGAUGCCUUUCCAAGCAUCGCCUGGGGGUAAGGGUGAGGGAGGUGGGGCUACCACGUCUGCCCAGGUCAUGGUAAUCAAACGCCCUGGCAGAAAGCGAAAAGCUGAAGCAGAUCCCCAGGCCAUUCCUAAGAAGCGGGGCAGAAAGCCUGGGAGUGUGGUAGCAGCUGCUGCCGCUGAGGCCAAAAAGAAAGCCGUGAAGGAGUCUUCCAUCCGGUCUGUGCAUGAGACUGUGCUCCCAAUCAAGAAGCGCAAGACCCGGGAGACAGUCAGCAUUGAGGUGAAAGAAGUGGUGAAGCCCCUGCUGGUGUCCACUCUUGGUGAGAAGAGCGGGAAGGGACUGAAGUCCUGCAAGAGCCCUGGGCGAAAAAGCAAGGAGAGCAGCCCCAAGGGGCGUAGCAGCAGUGCCUCCUCACCCCCUAAGAAGGAGCACCAUCAUCACCACCAUCACUCAGAGUCCCCAAAGGCCCCCAUGCCACUGCUCCCACCCCCCCCCCCACCCCCAUCUGAGCCCGAGAGCUCUGAGGACCCCAUCAGCUCCCCUGAGCCCCAGGACUUGAGCAGCAGCAUCUGCAAAGAGGAGAAGAUGUCCCGAGGAGGCUCGCUGGAGAGCGAUGGCUGCCCCAAGGAGCCAGCUAAGACUCAGCCCAUGGUUGCAACCACCGCCACAGUUGCAGAAAAGUACAAACACCGAGGGGAGGGAGAGCGCAAAGACAUUGUUUCAUCCUCCAUGCCAAGGCCAAACAGAGAGGAGCCUGUGGACAGCCGGACGCCCGUGACCGAGAGAGUUAGCUGACUUUACACAGAGUGGAUUGCAAAGCAAACCAACAAGAAUAAAGGCAGCUGUUGUCUCUUCUCCUUAUGGGUAGGGCUCUGACAAAGCUUCCCGAUUAACUGAAAUAAAAAAUAUUUUUUUUUCUUUCAGUAAACUUAGAGUUUCGUGGCUUCAGGGUGGGAGUAGUUGGAGCAUUGGGAUGUUUUUCUUACCGACAAGCACAGUCAGGUUGAAGACCUAACCAGGGCCAGAAGUAGCUUUGCACUUUUCUAAACUAGGCUCCUUCAACAAGGCUUGCUGCAGAUACUACUGACCAGACAAGCUGUUGACCAGGCACUCCCCACAACAUCCCCUCCCCUCCCCACCAUGUGCUCAUUAGAGAGAGCAAUUGAGAGGACACUCCCAUUUUUGGUGCCAUUGAUGCCCUGUCCAUAGCUUCCCUGACUUCCACCACCCCAACUCCUGAUCUGAGGAACUGGAAGGUGUGAGGCAGGAGAAGACUAUGGAGGUGGCCAAUGACUGUGCACAGUAAUUCCAAUUCUGGUGGCAUAGUCUGGCCCCACACCAACCCAAUCCAAAACAGAAAAGUGGCGCCUGCCUGUUCCAGCUCUGGCAUGGCUAAGAGCAAGUCCUAAAUUGCUCGAUUAUAGACUGGCCUGAGCCACAGAAGAAGAUGGCCCCGGGUGAAGUGUCAUCAUCUGUUCACAAGACAUGCUCCCUAGAGGAUAGUGCUAAAAUGGUGCCAUGGAGGCAGCAGGACAAGGUACAGGCCUGCUAGGUGGGGUCAAGCCAGGCCUAGUGCCACAAAACAAGAGAACAGGCUAUGACUAGUAGUUAGGGACUUAGUAGAUGGGACAAGCGGUAUGGGGGAAGAAAGGAAAAUAUUCUUCCAAUUACUUUCCAGUUCUCCUUUAGGGACAGCUUAGAAUUAUUUGCACUAUUGAGUCGUCAAGUUCCCACUUCAAAACAAACAGAUGCUCUGAAAGCAACCCGGCUUGAAAUGGUGACACUAUGUCCCACAAGCCACCAGAUGUGGCACUGUUCAGAACUACCUGGAUUGUAUAUCCCUGCGCUUGUUUUAAAGUGGGCUCAGCACAUAGGGUUCCCACGAAGCUCCGAAACUCUAAGUGUUUGCUGCAAUUUUAUAAGGACUUCCUGAUUGCUUUCUCUUUCAUCCUUCCAUUUCAUGCUUUCAUUUCCUCCCCACCCUCCUUCCCUAGCUCCUAGUUGUCUCCUCUGUUCCAGGCAGCUGCAGUGCCCAAUCACGUGCUUACUUGACAGUAGUCAGCGGGAGCCGUAGGACUGUCCCUGCCCUUUGCCUUCCCAUUGCCAGUGCCAGCUGUCAUGUUUAACCCUGAGCAAGUGCUGGGCUCCGCUGAGUCCUCCCUAGCCUCUGUGAAGAACAAGAAGGUGGUAAGGUCUUACUCUCCUAGGGAGCCCCCUCUUCGCUAAGAAAAAAGUCAAAAGGCUUUUCGGACCCUAAACAGUGAGCCUUUUCAUCUUCUGCUAUAGAAAAGUGGUCUUGAAAGUGGGUCACAUGUGGUAGCUAAAGGAGAUAGGCCCCCUGUGGCCUGCCAGAAUCACUGAGUGACCCCAGUCUAAUGUCAAGCAUAGUGUGGGCAGAUGCAGCCCUGAGCAGGGAGUGACACCAGGGUCUCUACCACCUCCUCCUCUUUCCACACACACACA